CGUAGGGAAGGGAAGAGUUUCGGAAAUAACAAGCAAGCUGUCUACCCGCUGGAGCCCAAAUAAUAAGAGCUGUAUAAAGCGGACACGUUCGUGUCGUUAUAUAGAGAGUGAUGGCUUUGAAUCAAGGGCUUUAUUUUCCAGUCUUCGCCGUCGCUCUCGUGUUUGGGGUUUGUGAUGCCAGAAUACACAAGCUUGUGCUAAAGAACGAGACCCGCUUUGUCAUCCACCUCAACACGUUCGGCUUCUACGAGAACGGCACCCUGGACGUCAACCUACACGCCCUGCGGAUGCCCGCCGAGAAGCAGAUCGACUUCACCAAGUAUCCUGUGGGCUUCAGCCUGGCCAAAUCCCGGGUGAAUGGAGUUCUGUCCUACACUGCGGAGGACACAGAGGAGUGUCUGCUGACCAAAACCAGCAGCGCAGAACCUCUUAUGCUCUUCCUCAUCGAUGUGCACAAGCUCAGGGUGAAUGUGCGGUCAUUCGUGGAGCAGGACAGUGUUCUGCCUGAGCUGAAGAAGGAGGACAUCAAGGACACAGGGGUACGGGAAAAGAGGGAUGCCUCCCCUCCUGUCCAGAGUGGCAACAUCAGCAUAACAGGGCAGGGAGGAGAGAAGGAGAAGCUACAGGAACCGAAGGAAGGUGACAGAAAGGAGGACGAAAAAACCCCCGCCCAGGCCAAGAAGGAGAAAGUGGCCACUCCGAAACCUGCCCACCAGAUGACGAAGAUCGAUGGGAUGACCUUUGACCUGCACAAAAAUGGCGACUCCUACAACUUCAGCUUCCAUAUGAAGAUCGGCUCUCUGGCAGAAGGCCUGUACAACCUUAACUUCCACAGCUGCUACAACAUGCGUCCUGCUGCCAGCACCCCCUACAGCCUCAGUGUGGAGAUCAUAGAGAAGAACCCCGGGGGUUACCUGUCUGCGGCGGAGAUCCCCCUCCCCCUCCUCUACAUCAGCAUGGCGGCCAUCUUCUUUACCGCUGCGGUGGUGUGGGUGUACACUCUCAUGAAGCACAGAUACAGCGUCUUUAAGAUCCACUGGCUGAUGGCGGCACUGGCCUUCACCAAAUCCAUUUCCCUGGUCUUCCACAGUAUUAACUACCACUUCAUCAACACGAAGGGACAUCCUAUCGAGGGCUGGGCUGUCAUGUACUACAUCACACACCUGCUGAAAGGGGCCCUGCUGUUUAUCACUCUGGCGCUGAUAGGAACUGGCUGGGCCUUCGUCAAGUACAUCCUGUCUGACAAGGAGAAGAAGAUCUUCAUGAUAGUCAUCCCUCUGCAGGUCCUGGCCAACGUGGCCUACAUCAUCAUAGAGUCGACUGAGGAGGGCUCCAGUGACUACGCCCUGUGGAAGGAGGUUCUCUUCCUGGUGGACCUCAUCUGCUGCGGUGCCAUCCUCUUCCCUGUGGUCUGGUCAAUUCGGCAUCUUCAGGACGCCUCCAGCACCGAUGGAAAAGCUGCCAUGAACCUGGAGAAGCUGAAACUCUUCCGGCACUAUUACGUGAUGAUCGUCUGCUACAUCUACUUCACCCGAAUCAUCGCCAUCCUGCUCAAGGUGACCAUGCCCUUCCAGUGGCAGUGGCUCUACGAGUUCCUGGUAGAGGUGUCCACACUGAUCUUCUUUGUGAUGACGGGAUACAAGUUCCGCCCCGCCUCCAACAACCCCUAUCUGCAGCUGCCCCAAGACGAGGAGGAUGUGGAGAUGGACGAAGUGGUGACGGAGUCCGGCGCGUUGGAGGGCAUCUCCCGGUUGAAGAAGACGGUGAACGGCCGCGAGAGGCAGAGGGAGUCCUCCCUGUGAGUCCUCUCUGCGAGUCUGCGUCGGGACGGGAGAGUCACAGCACUCUCUCAGCGCUCUGUGUGGGGGGUACGGGACCCAGAGAGCCCCUCUCCUCCCCCCCCCCAUCCGGACUAAGGCCGGCGCUGCCGCGGCAACCCUGGCCUCUCUAUGCAAACCCCCUGAUGUGGCCGUGUCCUGGGACCCAUCUCUUUCUUUUUCAUCGUUUUUUUCGUUUCUCUCAUUGCCGCUCGGGAAGGGUGUGUUUGU